AUGAGCAAGGAAUUGCGUCUUGGUUAGGGGACGGCGACCGAAGAGCAGUCCUACCAUUCGUGUCUUGUGGCUCAGGGAGAACACCGGGGGCUCGCUGUGCGUCGCGGCAGGGACACUUGCGCAGGUGAGGAACGCUGCGUCCUGCCGACACAACGGGUUUUUUUCUGGGUUGGGAAGGGGGGUUGGUUUAAAGCGUUUACUCUAACCUGUGUUCAUAUCAAAGCCAUAUGCCAGGUGCGUCGUGGUGCAUCUGUAAGGCCAUAAUUCAGUCUUAACUCCAGCUGUGCGAAAGAAGAUGCUUGGCCUGUGCGGUGUCAGGACAAGGCGGUGCAGAGAACUGGCAUUGGUCGAUGCUGCGCCACGGUCACCCCGGACCUAGAUGGCUACCUCGUUAGGCGCGCUCGCGCAAGACAGGUGUCGGGGAAGUGACGUCACAAGCCGCGGAAGCCGGAGGCGGGCGUUUGGGAGAGCAAGAUGGCAGCGAAAUCCGACGGUCGGGGGCUCGUCACCGCCACCGGCUUUGCCCAGCUGCACAACCUGGACGAGGCGGUGGGCGGCGGCUGCGGCGAGGACUACCCACGGGAGGGCAGCUCGCUGCACAUCUGCCACUGCUGUAACACGUCCUCGUGUUAUUGGGGCUGCCGGAGCGCAUGCCUGCACUACCUGCGGGGCAAGGGGCGGGAGGGCGCACGGCCGGCGCGGGAGGAGCGCCUCUGGCUCGACUGCCUGUGGAUCGUGCUGGCGCUUCUCGUCUUCUUCUGGGACGUGGGCACCGACCUGUGGCUGGCCGCCGACUAUUACGCCAAGCAGGACUACCUCUGGUUCGGGCUCACGCUCUUCUUCGUGCUUGUGCCGUCCGUACUCGUGCAGAUACUGAGCUUCAGGUGGUUCGUGCAGGAUUACACGGGAGGAGGCUUGGGCUCCGUGGAAGGACUGAGCAGCCGGAGAGCCACGACGGGUUCCAACGGCCGCGACCAUUGCUGCCGCAUAUCUGUCUGGCUCUGGCAGACGCUUAUCCACAUCCUUCAGAUGGGACAAGUGUGGAGGUACAUCCGGACCAUGUACCUCGGCAUACAGAGUCGGAGGCAAAAGGAAAAUCAUCGACGUUUCUACUGGGCCAUGAUGUACGAGUAUGCUGAUGUGAACAUGCUUCGUCUCCUUGAGACCUUUUUGGAAAGCGCCCCACAGUUAGUGCUCCAGCUCUGCAUAAUGAUCCAGAAGAACCGCGUUGAGACGCUGCAGUGCAUGUCAGCAGUUGCCUCUCUCUUGUCUCUCUCCUGGGUGCUGGCCUCCUACCAUAAGCUUCUACGUGACUCUCGCGAUGACCAAAAGAGCAUGAGCUACCGGGGAGCUCUGGUGCAUCUCCUGUGGCGCUUCUUCACCAUUUCCUCACGGGCACUUUCCUUUGCCCUCUUUGCCUCAGUUUUCCACCUCUACUUCGGCAUUUUUGUGGUGCUACACUGGUGUGCUAUGGCCUUCUGGGUGAUUCAUGGUGGCACUGAUUUCUGCAUGUCCAAGUGGGAGGAGGUGCUCUUCAACAUGGUGGUUGGUGUGGUGUACGUCUUCUGUUGGUUCAAUGUGAAGGAAGGCAGGACUCGAUACCGAAUGAUAGCCUAUUACUCACUAGUGUUGGUGGAGAACACUGUCCUGACUGCCUUGUGGUAUGUCUACAGAGACCCUGUCACCACUGACUUGUAUGCCGCCUCUGUGCUCUGCGGCGUCUUCCUGUGCUUCGCCUCAGGAGUGGCCUGCAUGGUCCUCUACUAUGGGGUUUUGCACCCUAUGGGUCCCCGGCUGAGGGUCCUAGCAAGCUCCUGCUGUGCGGAGCUCCUCUGGGGCCUCCCCCUGCCUCCAGAGGCUGAGCCUAUGGCCCCAACUCCAGGGCCUCGUGGCUCUCAGGCCACCCCCACUCGGGGCAUGGCUUCAGGGGAAUACGGAGAAGCCGAGGAGGCUGCCACGGAUACCUGCUUGCCUGUAUUCCAGGUGAGGUCCACAGAGCCCAUUGAUUCAGCAGGCCGGCCCAUUCACCCCGAGGGGCCCCUGAUUAAGAUUGACAUGCCCAGGAAACGAUACCCAGCCUGGGACGCACACUUUGUAGACCGCCGUUUACGGCGGACCAUAAAUAUCCUCCAGUACAUCAGCCCCAAUGCAGUGGGCAUCAGGUACAGGGAUGGGCCUCUCCUCUAUGAGCUGCUCCAGUAUGAGUCCUCCCUAUAAAGGCACCCCACCUUCCCACACACACACAAACACACACACAUUCUGCUUCACCUCUCUCCAUUUGGGUGCUUAUUUUCUUCAGUUUAAUUCAGUUCUUCAGCCAAGUUAUUACGGUAUAUAAAGGUCUUAAAAGGUCUAAACAGAGAAAAUGUAACAUUUAUUUUCAAAAAUAAAGAGAAUAUUAUUACAGAAAUGGACAACUCAAGUCAAAAAUAAGCAGUCCUUAAAUGGGGCCCUUGUAAUGUGGAUGUGUGCCACCAAUAUAUAUGUUGGAUAGUGUCUUUGUCCCUGUUAACUCUGAGAUGUGCAAAGUCUCACGGGAAUGAUGGAGGACCAUAAUACUCAUCAUCUUUAUUCCUAGAUUUCCUAAUAACUAUUUUGUGCCUACUAUAAUUCUGAGUGAUUGUGAUGAAAUAGGACCGAAAAAAAAUCAGAACUCUCUGUAGAAUACAUAAGAAAAGCACACAGUAUAGUAUGUUUUUACAUUAUAUUCCAUAUUCAUAAAGGGCAAAGGUUUCUAAGUAGCUCUGUAUGGAUGUCUGCUAAAGUCUCGCAGAUAAUUGACGGAUUAAUUAUGACUGGCUUUCAUUUGGUUUUGAAUAAUUUGAUUUGACCCAAAUUAUGAGAAAUAACAUUGUAAUCAUAGGGCAAAUAACACUGCCAUAAACACUUUAGUAAAUAAGAAGGCCUUAAAUUAUAAAAUCCAUUUUUUUGUGUUCUUUUCAUCUCCAUCAGUGGAGAGAGUAUAAUGUAAAUUAAAAAUGAGUGAGAGUGUUUUACAUUUUACAUAAACAUAUGAAUUAUUUGUUAAUGUUUGCACAGUUUCUUAAUUUUCUUUUUCAUAUAGGGAUAAAAGCGUAUUAACUGUAAGUGUAAAUUAUUUAAACACAUCUGUAAUUGAGGAAAUCCCAAAGAUUGGAAGGUUCAGGGUUUUAAUUAACAAAACAAUGGUCAGUAAAACACCUGUACCUUAUAGCUCAAACAACAACAACAAACAAAAAAAAAUUCCUUGCUGAUUGCGGUGCUAAAAUUAAUCGCUAGGAUUCCUCCAUCAUUCCCUAUUCUUGUGAAGGUUCUAGUUUGGAUGGUUGUUAUAAAAAUAAGAGUUAUCAUAUUUUUUUUAUUCUAAAGGAUGCAUGCUGAGGCUGUGUACUUUGAUGAAUAAUUGGGAUUUCCUUAUGUGCCAGCCAGUGUGUGAGUGUUUAAAUGGUGCUGCUCUUUUGCAAAAUAACUGUAACAGUUCUGUCGCGUUAUUGUCAAUCUCUUGUACAUAGAGCACUGCACCUCGUUUGAGGAAAAAAAAAAAACACUAAAAGGGAACGUGGUGUGUGACGAGUUUGCCAUGACGACUGAUGACGCGUAUAUAUUAUUAUCAGUUGCACAAAACAAACAGUUUUUUCAUUGCGUGCUAUAACCUUUAGAAUUUGUUUCUAAUAAGAUUUGUCUCAGCAGCUUAAUAAGUAUUUCUACAACUACUUAUAAUAACAUAGGAUGCCAAGGUUCAUUGUAAAAAUGGAGACAUGGGCUACUACAGACCCCUUUGUGCCUGCUGUGAUUUCAGAAGCAGACUUCAGACUGGUUGUAGUGGACGGGGUGAAGGGUUUUUUUUUUGCCAAGGAUGGAAAGUGUGAGUGGAUAGACGAUAAUGUGUGUCUUUACACGCACAUUUCUAUUCAGCUGAUCUUCAGGUCAGUUGUCCGACAUUUCGGCUCCAUCCUUGGUUGCUGCUUUGACCCUUACACCCUUCUCAUGAGAUUAAGAUUGGGUAUUAUUCUGAUGCAAAUAUUUUCCCAAGAAAAUCAUUCAUACCAGAAUCAACAUUCUCUUUCAAACUUUGUUUUAUGGAAGCAAAUAAUUAGCUUUAGCAAAAAUCGAAGUAAAUAAACAGCCCAGCAAAUUUAAGCUAUAGAGUAAAUCCAGUAGCAUUUCUGUGAAUUGUGUAAUAUAACUGGCUACACCCGAUGAACCCAGAGGUCAGCGGCUUUUUCUAGGUGCUUGGCACAUUGUCGCACUGUUGUUUGCUGGAAUAUUCCCCUGAUUCAUGAGAGGGUUUGAUUAAAUGAAUGUGAUGGUUGGAUGAGUUGGCUGCCUGGCACCCCCUGCUGUGUUCACACUUCACAUACCGACUCCGCUACUACAGUAUUAACACUUUCACGAGAGAGAAAUACACAUUUUACCAGGUGCAAAUACACUGUGAUUCCUUCUCCCCUCGCUCCCCUGCUAUAUCAGAAUGAAUUAAUAUGGAGGGUUCGCAUGAGGACUACGUUGGCAAAUGGAAAUAUGUUCAUAUGUUUAGAUUACUGCCUUACAAGACAAUAAAUAACAGAUGAAGUGCUGUGUAAUCACCAGACACUUAAAUCCUUCACCACAUUAAAGUACAUGGAAAAGAGUGGCCAACAACAGUCCUGUAUAAUCAGAUACUUUGUGGUGCCUUGUUUCACUGGGUGCUUCUCUCUAGCCAUGGCAGCCAGUACAGCAAACAACAAUGCCAGUGUCUCUUUCUCCUUUCAUAUUACACACAGUACUGUAAGCACGUUUAACCUAAAACGAAAACUGCAUCGAAUAGGCUCAACAUGCUGACAUUCCUAAUCUUAAGAGGCUUUGUCUUUGCAAAACUAACUUACCAGAGAGAUAUGAACGCAAGGCAAUACUUAACAUCUGCUUGAAUAUUGCGUUUUAUGUUUUCCUAAUAUGACCAGAUAUACUGACAGCCUUUUUAAGAUUUACGUCAAAUUGGAUUUAAUCUCUAAUCAGAAUGUCCAUUAUUCAACAGGGUUCACUUAUGCGAUACACAGUUGUGAAGAUUUUUAGCAGUUCAUUUGAUGUAUUUCUGUCUAUGCCUUCCUCUGUCUUGCAAGAUGAAUGAUCUGUAGUGCCAACAAGUUAACCUUUUUCUGUCUGUUGUUUGUCUUGUGAACCAAACUGUCUAGCCAAAUGGAUUUCUGCCUGCAAAAAAAAAAAAAAAACAUAUGUAGGAACAAUAUGAGUAGGAGAAUUAUGUUGUAUGUAGACAAGGUGUUGAUUGGGUUAGAAACCUGCAUCAAAGAUGGUAAAGGAAGUCUCGAAAAGGCAUAUAUUGCUGAAUUCACUCACAGACUGCCCUAUGCCAUCAGCCAGCUUCCUAGCAUGUCUACAGAAUUCCUCUUGCGGUGACGCGUCCAAUAUGUUUGCAUGUUAGCUUACUUGAGUGCAGUGUUUCACUUCUUCCCUGGGUUCCUUCAAUGCAUUGCCAAGUAGUGGUUCAUUAUUCCAGGUUCAGUUUCAAACUGUACAGUUGUGCCAUCUGUAAAAAAAAAAAAAAAAAACAGAGCCAAAUGUUCUUUAGACAAAGUAAAUUUAAAAAAAAAAACAACAACAACAACAAAUGGUGCAUUUAUGUUCAUCGACCUGGUGCUUACAGACGAAUUCUAAAGGUGCUACCACAGAAUGUGGACUGCAGGACUCCAUGUCACGGCUCUAAGAGCAAGGCAGCCAUCUGAAGGAUCUGCUCCUUUAAUUUCAUAUACUCUUUUUCUCUGGAAGAACAAGCACCUCAACACAGUUUACAGCUGAACUCCAGUCUCUUAAAAGCGGUGGCACUUAUUAUUUCUCAACAUGCACAAAGAAGCAACAGUGGAGGAAGAAUUCAAGUCAUUUGAUCCGUUUUUAAAAAUUGACCAUGUUUUGUAUCUGCACUAGGGUUUCCUUUCCAAGCAAGAAAAGAUACAAAUCAUCAUUUCGACAUUCAUCCAGAGGCAUAACAGUAAUGCUGAUAAAAGGAAUUGCUGACAAAAAGAAAAUGUAGAAGGUGAUUGUUGUGUUGUAUAUUCCUGUCAUCUCUCUGUCCAGAACCUGUGUGUAUCUUUUUUAUUUUUUUAUUUGUUUUUUUUGUUGUUGUUCUUGUUACUGUAGGUCUGGCUGUAAUAUUUAGUUUGAAAUUGACCUUAUCAAUGGCUAUGGUUGUCAGAUGAAAUGCUGCUGAUUUUAGAAUUGUUAUCGAUGCUGUGAGAGACUGGUUUAAAUCACAUUUGAAUUACAUUUUAGAUCGUGUCAAAACUGUACAAAUGUGUUUGACGAGUAUGUAACCAUAUCCCAGAACGACACGGGGUAUUUAAGAGCAUUGAUCAGAUUAUUCAGCAAACUCGUUGCUACUGUGUGUAGCAUUUAUGUCUCUGACUAUAAUCUUUACUUAUGUUGAAAACGUAAAGAGAGCUUUAUUUGAUGUUGUCAAAUAUAAAUGAAAGUAAAUCGUUUCACUGGAUGCCCAUUAUUUGAAAACAGAUCUGAUGUCCAGUAUUGUAUAAUGCCCUAUGUUUUAGGAAACAACAUUAAUGAUGUUAAUAACACAUGGUGCUACAGUUGUUUUUGUAUACUUUCAUUUUUAGAUGAUGAAAAAAAAAAGGAAUAUUACAACAGCUGAGAAGAAAAAAAACUUGACAAGCUUUACUGUCAAUCAUUAGAUGAGACUUUUCCAUUAAGACACAAAAAGGAAUAUACAGCGUGAACGUGUGUGCAAAUAUACCAUGAGAUGUAUACUGUAUACACAUGCACAGUUUGCCCAACGACAGAUCAAAAGUGGUUAUAUACAGAUGUAUAUGUACAGAUGUGUAUGUGAAUGUACUGAUAUGAUAGCGAUAGACU